AUGUCCCAUAGCAGCGCCAGCGGUGCUGAUCAAACGGCUGCAACGACUGUGUCCAACUCUGUGCCGGGCUUUGCUCCGUACCAUCCUCCACCUCACCAGCUCAAUCAACCAAUGUCUGGCCCCCCUCCCCCCGCACCGCCGUCUGUGCCCCUGCCUUCCGGUGCAACUGCGCCAUCGACGACAUCUAGCGAUCGUGCCCUCUAUGGGCCUUCUACCAGUGGGCUUCAUGACGAUCCGAUACAUCAAUUGAUGAGCUUGAUGAAAGAACAAUUCACGCAGCACGAGCAGAGAGAUGCGUUGAAGGAUAUUAGAGAUAAGGAGAGGGAGGCUAGGCAGGUGGAGAGAGAUGCGUUGAAGGAGGUUAGAGAUACGGAGAGGGAGGCUAGGCAGGUGGAGAGAGAUGCGUUGAAGGAGGUUAGAGAUACGGAGAGGGAGGCUAGGCAGGUGGAGAGGGAGGCUGAACUGAAGGACACUUUGGUGAACUUCAGUAGGCCUACGACAAGUCUCGGGAUCGUUCAGUGA